AUGUCUUUCUACUUUCUUUCUAUUCCUCCAAAAUCUAAUCAAAAUAUUUUUAUUUCCUUUUCAUUAUCUCUCUGCUUUGAGAACCCCAGAUCCUCAGCAUCCGAGGACACUCCACAAUAUCGCAGAAUCUCCCUCAUUAUCCCCGAACCCUCCUCAGUAUCCCAGAAAUUUACUCAGUAUUCCAGAACAUUUCUCAGACUCCAGAACCAUAGUCAGUAUCCGAGAACUCUCUUCAGUAUCCUAGAAAUCCCCUCAGUAUCCCAGAACCCUCCUCAGUAUCCCAGAACCCUCCUCAGUAUCCCAGAACCCUCCUCAGUAUCCCAGAAUCUUUCUCGGUAUCCCAGAACCCUCCUCAGUAUCCCAGAAUCUUUCUCGGUAUCCCAGAACCUUUCUCAAUAUCCCAGAACCAACAUAAGUAUCCCAGAACCCUCUACAGUCUCCCAGAUCCUUUCUAGGUAUCCCAAUACCUUUCUCAGUAUUCUAGGACCAUCGUCCGUAUCCCAGAGUCUUUCUCAGAAUCCAAGGACCUUUCUCAUCAUCCUAAAACCAUCGCCAAUAUCCCAGAUCUCUCCUCAGUAUCCCAGAAUUUUCCUUGGUAUCUCAAAACGAUCGUCAGUAUCCCAGUACCUUCCUCAGUAUCACAGAAAAUUCCUCGGUAUCCCAAAACCUUUCUCACUAUCCCAGGACCUUUCCCAAACCCUCCUCAGUAUCCUAGAAUAUUCCUCCGUAUCCCGGAACAUUUUUUCCGUAUCCCAGAACAAUCGUCACUACCCCAGAGCCCUCCUAGUCCUUCUUUCUUUCUUUCUUUCUUUCUUUCUUUCUUUCUUUCUAUUAGCAUUUUACAAUUCUGCCUUUCUUUCUCUGGAAUUCAUUUUCUUUCCUUUCUCUUUCCUUUCUUUUCUUUCUUUUCUUUCUUUCUGUCUUUCUUUCUUUUUUUUUUCUGUCUUUCUAUUAUAUUUUACAAUUCUGCCUUUCUUUCUCUGGAAUUCGUCUUCUUUCCUUUCUCUCAUUUCUUUCUUUUUUCUUCUUUCUUUCUUUCUUUCUGUCUGUCUUUCUUUCUUUCUUUCUGUCUUUCUAUUAGUAUUUUACAAUUCUGCCUUUCUUGAAUUCGUCUUCUUUUUUUCUUUCUUUUUCUGUUUUCUUUCUUUUCUUUCUUUCUUUCUGUCUUUCUUUUUCUUUCUUUCUUUUUCUGUCUUUCUAUUAGUAUUUUACAAUUCUGCCUUUCCUUCUCUUGAAUUCGUCUUCUUUUUUUUCUUUCUUUUCUUUCUUUCUUUCUUUUCUUUCUUUCUUUCUUUUUUCUGUCUUUCUAUUAGUAUUUUACAAUUCUGUCCUUUUUUUCUCUGGAAUUCGUCUUCUUUCCUUUUCUCUCUCAUUUUCUUUCUUUUUCUUUCUUUCUUUUCUUUCUUUCUGUCUGUCUUUCUUUUCUUUCUUUUUCUGUCUUUCUAUUAUAUUUUACAAUUCUGCCUUUCUUUCUCUGGAAUUCGUCUUCUUUCCUUUCUCUCUCAUUUCUUUCUUUCUUUCUUUCUUUCUUUCUUUCUGUCUGUCUUUCUUUCUUUCUUUCUGUCUUUCUAUUAUAUUUUACAAUUCUGCCUUUCUUUCUCUGGAAUUCGUCUUCUUUUCUUUCUCUCUCUUUUCUUUCUUUCUUUUCUUUUCUUUCUUUCUUAUUUUACAAUUCUGCCUUUCCUUCUCUUUGAAUUCGUCUUCUUUUCUUUUUCUUUCUUUCUUUCUUUCUGUCUUUCUUUCUUUCUUUUCUUUCUUGUCUUUUCUAUUAGUAUUUUACAAUUCUGCCUUUCUUUCUCUGAAUUUCGUCUUCUUUUCCUUUCUCUCUCAUUUCUUUCUUUCUUUCUUUCUUUCUUUUUCUUUUUUCUUUCUUUCUAUCCUCUCCUUUCUUCGUUUUGUUUUCCUUCUCCUUCUCUCUCUCUCCUUCUUUCUUUUCAGCUUUUUUUCUUACUUCUACUUUCUCUCCCAUCAAAAAUUCUAUCUCUCCUCCUGCCUCCUCUCGAAAAUCUAAUUUGUUUCUCUCUUUUAUAUUAUGUCAUUUUUCUCACUCCUCCCCUUCACACUCUCUCUUUCUCCUUCGUUUUCUUUCUUGCCUGUAUUUUUUUUUUCUUUUUUGCAACUCCACUCCCCUUUCUUCUGUUUCAUUGUUUCCUCCUCCUCUCCCAUUCGCCCUCUUUCCCACCCUCUCUCUCUUUCCCUUUGUCGUUCUUGCCUCUUCGCUUUUUUCACGUUCAUUCCCUUCCUUCCCUUUCGUUUAUGCCGUCCUUGUUUUUUUCUUUCUUUCUUUUUUCAGUUUUCUUCUUUUUUUUUUUCUUUUCUUUUUUCUUUUCUUUUCCUGCCUCUCCCAUCAAAAAACCCCAUCUUUCCUCCUCCGGCUUCGUUUUUUUUUUUCCCCUCUAUCUCUAUGUACAAAUUGCCUACGGCUUCCUAAUUCUAUCAGCUCUCUGCAUUUUUUUUUUCCCAGAUUCUCAAUACCUCCAUUCCCUGCUCCCAUCUUUGCCUGAUCCCCAGGGCACCCGAAACAGUUAG